AUGGCUUCCCAAACUUCCACCUUCGCCGUCUCCGUUUCUUCUAUCGCAACCCCUCUCCGGCGCCGCCGCAACUUCCCCGUCGUACGCGCUCAAGUGGAACCAUCUGAUAAAUCAAUUGAAAUUAUGAGGAAGUUCUCAGAGCAAUAUGCCCGUAAAUCAGAAACAUACUUUUGUGUUGACAAAGGAGUAACUUCUGUUGUUAUCAAGGGUUUGGCUGACCAUAAAGAUUCAUUGGGUGCACCACUCUGUCCUUGCCGGCAUUACGACGAUAAAGCUGCUGAGGCUGCACAUGGAUUUUGGAAUUGCCCGUGUGUUCCCAUGAGAGAAAGGAAGGAGUGCCAUUGCAUGCUUUUUCUCACUCCCGAUAACGAUUUUGCCGGCAAUGAACAGACUAUCACCUUGGAUGAAAUUAAAGAAUCAACAUCAAGUAUGUAA